CUUUUAAACAUUCUGGAGACUCAGUUUUUUUUUUUAUAAUAACUUUGGCACAAAUGCUAUGAUUUUUGUGAAGUGCAUGUCUGAGUGUCUGUUUGCAUGUGAUGCAUGCUGUCAUGCAACUUAAAAUCUAUGACCGUUUGUAAGAAAUGAAACUCAUAGAUACAUGUUUGCAUAGUCCGCAGAUGUGGAUUUACUGGCUUAAAAGUGAGUUUCAUUUACGGCUACGGCUAACUAUGGAUCUGAACUGAUCUGUCAGCUAUAACACAUUAACAGGACAAAUGCAGACAUGCAGAAUUCACAACAACCGUAAAAAGUAAGAUAAGCAUGUUUAACCCCAUGCAUGAACUUUUAUAUAUAGCUAUAAAAAAAAACUCUUUAUUAAAAAAAAAAAAAAAAAAGUUCUGAAUCUGCCAAUUGCAAUCACAAAAUGUUGAAUUUAUCAUAAAGAAAACACACACACACGCACAUACAUAUAUAUAUAGUGUGUGUGUGUGUGUAGGCUUACUAAUACUGAUAUGACUCCAACACUGAAUCAGACUAGAAACACACAAUGACAUUAGGAUAUUCACUUGGCCCUUAGCCUUAGUUGAUCAUUGUUCAUUCAGAUAAUUUUCUUGGUAUUCUUUGGUAACAAAAAAAUAAAUUUGGAACUUUAUUUGGAAAUAUAUAAAUGUUUAAAAGAGAAGUGAAAGAAGACGCGUUACUAUGAGCUUGAUGGGGUAGGAGUGACUAAUCCUGAAUUGAUUUCAGAGAAAACCUGAAAGUGAAAGGAUUCCGGGAAAUGGGCGGAGCUGUUCACGUUAUAUGUGGUGGUUUCAAAGCGCUGUCAGUUCAUUCUGACAUUAGAACGAGCGGAACGCAAGCGCACAGUUUGUCUCGUGCGCUGAGGAAAUUUCUAUCGAGAUAUAACGGUGGAAUAAAUCAAUGGGAGUUCAAAAACAACUGAUUUUGGAAACGGCGACGAGAGUUUGUCAAAGGCAAAGUUGUACUGACUGCUCUUGGAGUUCACAUUUGCUAAAACGACAGAUGUGUCUCAUCUAGAUGACCUUCCUGUGGUACGGCAUGGAAGACCACACCGGUUGGUCUUUCCUGUAGGAUGGUGGCGCACAGUUCAGUGGAAGGGAAUCAAGGCACAGAAGAACCCCAAGCGAGGACAGAAGCCUCCCCAGAGGUCUCCCAAUCCCAAUCCCAAAGGCCGAGGCCCAGCCAACUGGCAGCGGUUAUCCAGACACAUUUCAGGCCCUUCAACUAUGCCAGGGACUUCAAGACCAUCGCGAAGACCACCUCAAUGCUAGAGGAGAGUGGCUUCUAUUGGGGUCCCAUGACUGUAGAGGAAGCGCAUCAGAAGUUGAAGAAGGAGCCAGUGGGAACAUUUCUGAUCCGGGACAGUAGUCAGAGUGAUGUUUUCUUUACACUGAGUUACACUGCACACAACGGUCCCAUCAGUGUCCGGAUUAACUUCAAGAAUUCCAAAUUCAGUCUGACCGGCAGCAAGCAAUCUUUUGACUGUAUUUUCAAACUGCUGGAGCACUACAUCAGUUCCCCAAAGAAGGGUCUCGUCAGGCCCUACAGGAAAGAACCAGUGCAGUCCCUGCAGCAGCUGUGCCGCAGACGGAUUAUCGAAACAUGCGGCGGAAAAGACAUCGACCGCAUUCCUGUGCACCCGAUCCUCAAAGACUUCCUCCAUGCCUUCCCUCAUCCGCUAUGAAGACGAGACUUGUUGCAUUAAAGCGCUGCUGGAAUAUUCUGGAGAUACUUGAUGGACUCCUCGUGGUCCUGCUCUGUUUCAGGACGCAGGAAUCAUACUGUAGCACAUUUUGGAAUAUCAGACUUGAACACUGCACAAUGAAAGUUUACAUUGUUUGUGAAUGUUUACACUAUACGGGAAUAUUGUGUUCCUUUGAUUAUAUUUCUGCUAUGCAGAAAGAUUUAUUUCAAGAUAAUACUUUUUAUAAAAAUAAUAAAUAUAUUUGUAAACAACUUAAAA